AUGUCCCUUUUUGCGGCCGCAGCAAUUACAAUUGCUGGUUUUACAUGGCAUUACUGCAGUGUCAAUUGUCUUCAAAAAAGUGUCGCUUCAACGAUUGAACAAUUUGAAGCCCAGAAGAAUCAAUGUUCUCAAUGUCGAGCAUUGAAUGCUUCAACAUCUUGUGACAAAACGAGAGAUAACGACGGAAGUAAGAAUUCUUCUGCUUUAUCUUCUGAUAACAACAUGAGACAAGACUGCAAAAGUUCUGUGGAAAACAAAGUGAGCUGUAAUCCUGGACCUAUCACCAAAAAUGCCUUUUUUAACUUCGUGCGUGCUCAACGUUUGGCACGUUGCGGACAUCCUCAAACUGAAAUUGUUCGUGAAGCUGCAAGACGAUGGCGUUUAAUGUCACCACAAGAAAGAAAUUGCUACAAAAUGGAAAAUCUUUGA